CACAGUUGGAUUGUCAGACGUCCGGAAAGAGAGAAGAAAAAAAAAACAGUCGCAAAGUUGAGUGAGGUGCGUGAAAAAGGGCAGAAAAGAGUGUCCAGAAGCGUGCCCAGGCCACAAUUGAUGGUGUUUUAGGUGUUCAAGUGGGGUGGUAGUGUGUGCAGAAAGACGUGGCGGACGCGAAAAGUGGCGGAGUGCUUGGAUUUUUGCUUGUGUUUUGUGAGUCGGGCAAAAGUGUCGUCGUCGCAAAAUGGCGCAUCAAAUGGCCCCGUCUGUGAACUGUUCGCUCGACGAUAUCGACUUGAAUGCUCUCAAGGAUCCAGCCGGAAUAUUUGAAUUGAUUGAAGUCGUAGGAAAUGGAACAUACGGCCAAGUUUAUAAGGGUCGUCACACAAAGACUGGCCAAUUGGCCGCAAUUAAAGUGAUGGAUGUGACUGAAGAAGAAGAGCAAGAGAUAAAAUUAGAGAUAAAUGUACUGAAAAAGUACUCAAAUCAUCGCAAUAUUGCCACAUAUUAUGGGGCCUUCAUAAAGAAAUCACCAGCUGGGAAGGAUGAUCAGCUGUGGCUCGUGAUGGAGUACUGUGGUGCAGGAUCUGUUACGGAUCUUGUAAAAUCGACAAAAGGUCAGAGUCUGAAGGAGGAAUGGAUAGCGUAUAUUUGUCGUGAGAUUUUGCGUGGUUUGAGCUACCUGCACACAAAUAAAGUGAUACAUAGGGAUAUCAAGGGACAAAAUGUCCUUCUCACCGACAAUGCCGAAGUUAAAUUGGUGGACUUUGGUGUUUCUGCCCAAUUGGAUCGGACGAUAGGACGUCGAAAUACAUUUAUCGGUACACCAUAUUGGAUGGCACCUGAAGUGAUUGCUUGCGAUGAGAAUCCGGAUGCAACGUAUGACAAUCGAAGUGAUUUGUGGUCAUUGGGCAUAACAGCACUCGAGAUGGCAGAAUCGCAGCCACCGUUGUGUGAUUUGCAUCCAAUGCGAGCACUUUUUCUCAUUCCACGAAAUUCACCGCCACGUUUAAAGUCCAGGAAGUGGUCAAAGAAAUUUCAGGGAUUCAUCGAUACAGUUCUUGUGAAAGACUAUCAUCAGCGGCCUUACACAGAGCAACUACUCAAGCAUCCCUUUAUCAAGGAGCAACCGACUGAGCGACAAGUGAGAAUUCAGCUCAAGGAUCAUAUCGACAGGUGCAAGAAGCGUAAGCAGGAGAGUCGUGAGGACUAUCGGUACUCGGGCUCUGACAAUGAUGACGAAGAACCCCAAACAGCUGGGGAGCCAUCGUCAAUUAUUCAGGCGCCCGGUGGUGAUACCCUCAGGCGCAAUUUCCAGCAGAUUCAGGAAGGUAGGACGAUGGCUCAGAGUGUGGAAGCACAGCAGCCACAGCCGAAUCGCAAUCAGAAGCCACAGAGGGAGCACCGUGGGGCUGAGAAGCAGCCAAUUGAGGAACCUGGACCGCCUUCGCGACCCGCUCUGCCGCAGAGGUUGAUUGUGGUACCGGAUGGGUCACAGCAUGCCAAUAGACCACUUCCGCCCACGCCUAGAAGUUCAGGCUCGUCACAGGCACAACAGCAGACGCCACAGCAAGCUCAGCGGAAUUCCCAGAAUAUGUUUAAGCCAAUGCUUCCACCACGACGACCAGAGGAUUUGGACAUGAUAGCAGCACAAUUAAAUGAAUUGGGCGUCUCUCAACAGUCACAGCAGCAACAAGCGCAGCCAGAAGCACCGCCAAGGAAUAGUCGUCAGGGGUCAAAUUCAUCAUCAUCUGUGCCAUCGAAGCCAGCACCGGCGCCACCCAAUAAUCACCAUGCACAAUCCAUUGUCAAUCCGCUGGAUCCGAUUGAGAGUUCGGACACGGACAGUGAACCCGAGGAGGCCAAUGGAGGUACCAGAAAUGAUGGAACACUCCUCGCCAGUGAUCCACCCAAGCCACUUCCUGAAUUUUCAUACAGGCCCGGUUUGAGUGUCCUCUCGGAGGAUUCUGCGGCUCCAGUGCCAAGUCAUGGAUCAGGUGGUCCACCCAAUAGGCCAUUGCCACCAACUCCAGAUGACGAUGAUCAGAAUCAGGGUGAUCGUACGUUGAUCAUGAAGAGGAAACAGAAAGGCACGGAUGGUCAGGAAAAUGAGGAGAGAGUCUUGUUGCGUGAAUGGGAUAUUGAGAGAUUUUUCCCAACUUCUCGGACACUCGAGCAGAGGAGUAAGAAUGGUGGGAAUCCGUCUGGACGUGAUAGAAUAUCUCUGCAACCGCAAGAGAUGAAAAAGUGCCUGGAAAAUGUGUCAAAUGAUUCCAAGGGAACAAAUGAUGCCAAUAAGAUGAAACUGGAGGAUCGGGUGAAAAGUGAAAUUUUUGCCAAUAAUUCAAGGGCAAAACAAGAAGCAUUGGCAAAGAUGACCAAAAAUGUUGCCACUCACAAACGUCAAGAUAGUGAUUCAAAGCUCUCUCUCAACUUUGUCCGUGGCUUCAGGCGUGAAAAUACAGAUUUCUUCCCACUGGCCAAGAGGCAUUCAGCCAUUCUGGGUGAACGUAUUGCUAGUGGAAAUACCAAUAAUAGUGGUGGGGAUCAGAGUAUUGUUCAGAGAUCAAGUGGAAUCUUUCAGAGACGUCCAAAAGUUGGUGCUGAACCAAUUCUCACGGAUUAUCGUGAGUCAUCACCGGCCAAAAGUCAAACCAAAGAUGCCAAACAGAAUACAACAAGCACAAAAACAUCGUCACCAUCAAGACACUUAGAUUUUCUCCGUCCGAGACGUGAAAAAACUGAAUCUGUUAUAAUAAUCCGCAAUUCGGCCACGCGGCAACUUUUAUUUGGCCAGCAGCAGAAUCGUGGAGGUGAAAGUAGUGGAGGUUUAGGAACACCUGGUACACGUACUAGCAGUGUCUUGCCAGAUCUUCUGAGUCAAGCUUCACCAGCAACUCCCCCACGUCAUGAUAAAUCAUCAAGUGAAGAGUAUCGUGCAGCCGUGAGUUCAAUUCAUUCCACACCCUCAAAAUCUUUUAUUGCCACCACAAAUUCCUCCCCACAAUCCACAAUGUCCAAUUCCUCUGUUCACCAUCACGGUCAGGGUUUGCAGCAUAGUCCGAGUCAGUCGAUGGUGCGAAAUCACCAUCAGGGCGGUGGGAAUGGUGGCAUAAGCAAUAGCAAUUCAUCAAAUAAUCUCUCACCACCUUCUUUACCACCCCAUGCCAUUGCGUUGGAACAGAAACAGCGCAGUUUUCUCACAUUUGGCUUUGGGGCUGGCGGUUCGGGACCGUCGAGGCGCGAGAGUCAUGUGAAUGUCAAUGUGACGCCAACAUCACAUGAUGCUGCCAGCGAUACGCCCGAAAUCAGGAAGUACAAGAAACGCUUCAAUUCUGAGAUCCUCUGUGCUGCUCUCUGGGGUGUCAAUUUGCUCAUUGGAUCGGAGAAUGGAUUGAUGCUACUUGACAGAUCCGGACAGGGAAAGGUCUAUCAACUCAUCUCGAGGCGUCGCUUCCAGCAGAUGGAAGUGCUCGAGGGACAAAAUAUCUUGGUGACAAUUUCCGGAAAGAAGAAUCGUGUUCGGGUCUACUAUUUGUCAUGGCUGAAAUCCAAGAUCCUCCGUACAGAUGGUCUCUCAGAUCAAGUUGAGAGGCGCAAUGGAUGGAUUAAUGUUGGUGAUUUACAAGGUGCUGUUCAUUUCAAAAUCGUUAAAUAUGAACGAAUCAAGUUCUUAGUGAUUGCAUUGAAAGACUCGAUAGAAAUUUAUGCAUGGGCUCCCAAACCCUAUCACAAAUUCAUGGCAUUUAAGAGUUUUGGAGAACUCCAUCAUCGACCAUUACUCGUGGACUUAACUAUUGAGGAGUCAUCGCGUCUCAAAGUGAUAUAUGGAUCUGCUGAAGGCUUCCAUGCUGUCGAUUUGGAUUCAGCUUCAGUUUAUGACAUUUAUCUUCCUAAACAUACUCAGGGCCCAAUAAUUCCACACUGCAUUGUUACGCUCCCCAAUUCGAAUGGAAUGCAACUCCUUCUGUGCUAUGACAAUGAGGGCGUCUAUGUGAAUACCAUUGGGAAAGUGUCAAAGAAUAUUGUUCUGCAAUGGGGAGAAAUGCCGACUUCUGUGGCUUAUAUCGGAACAGGACAAAUCAUGGGCUGGGGCAACAAAGCAAUUGAAAUUCGAUCAGUGGAAAGUGGACACUUGGACGGUGUUUUUAUGCACAAGAAAGCUCAACGUCUCAAGUUCCUUUGCGAAAGGAACGACAAAGUGUUCUUUAGCAGUGCCAAAGGUGCUUCGUCGUGUCAAAUUUACUUUAUGACACUGAACAAACCGGGAAUGGCUAACUGGUGCGCAUAAACUUUUGGCGGAUCAUCGUCAAAAUGAUUUCCCACACACUCAAAUUUAUAAAGACAGCCUCAACACAUUGAAAGUUGACAAAAAAACUGAUAAAAUCAUUUGAAUAGAAUUUUAAGAAGCAUUUUUAAAGUAAAAGAUCAAAAAAAAAGAAAGAUAAUGAAGUAAAUUUCUGUAGAAAUAUUGCUCAAGUAUUUUAUUUACUGCCGGAUGAACAAUUAUAAUGAUGGAAAAAAACGCAUAAAAAUAUUCUUUCAUUUGAAAGAAAUAAAAAAUAAAAAAAUAUAAGGAAUAAUAGUAAAAAAAAAACAAGAAACAGUUCAGUAAAAUUUACUAGUAAAAAAAAAUAGUUUUAAAAAAACGUGAAAAAUAAUAGUAACAAACCUACAAAAAAAUAUUGUGGACGAGGAAACUUUUUCUAAAAAAAAAAGAGAAAAUAAUUAUUAGAACAAAAAACCCUAACUAGAAAGAUAUAACUUUUGCACAGUGAAAAAAAAACCGAUUAAAAUUCUUAAGUAAACCUCAAAAUGACGCCCAAUUCAAUUUAGAAUUGAACGUGUUUUAUACCGAGAACAAAAAAUUAUUAGCGAAAAAAAUACAAUGGCUGUUUCGUAUUAUUACGUCACUUAGAUUGGUGAGAAUAACAAAGAAUGGAAGAACACGCAAUGAGCAAGGAAAAUUCGCAUUAAAAAAAAGCAUGGAAAAAAUUCGCUACAUUGCUAACAAAAAAAAAAAACAAUUUUUUUGGUGUAAACGUGAAAGAAAUUAAUGAAAAAAUCUUAUACUUUUCUCUGAAAAUGUAUUUACCGCAUUUUCCUAAUUGAAUUUUUUAUUGCUAUAAUUUAUACGAUAAUUAAAAAAAAUUAGUCAGUUUUUUAUUAUUUAGUAUUUUGAUGAUAAUAAUUAAAAAAAAUAUAUAUAUUCUUUUAGAUGAUAAAGAAAAAAAUACAUGAGAAAAAACAUACAGUAUAAAAAUAGUGUAUUAUGAUGGUGAAUUUAAUUUAAAAUCGAUUUUUUUUAUAAAAUGUUAUGAAUGCAAUACUUGAUGAACAAAAUAAAAGUAUUCAAGGAUA